CAUACUGUCACUUCAGUUAUCAACGCGUGGUUGUACUUGUGAUAACGAUCUCGGAUCUUUCAAUCAGUGUGAAGUAAAUUCUAAAUUAAAAACAUCGAUCGUCAGCCGAGGCUGUGGCCUCCACCGGGCAACGUCCAAGGACUCACUCGUGUAUACCUAGAUAAUCCCAGCAGAUCACGAUGACUAGUGGAUCCUGGGAGGAGUUCUUCGCUAUCCAUCUCCCGCCACCUGAUUUUGAGGACAACAGGUCCCUCCUCAAGGAGUUCUGCGAGCGACACGAACAUUAUGGCAACAAGAUUGUACUGGUAACUUCCGGAGGCACAACGGUCCCACUCGAGCACAACACAGUUCGGUUUGUAGACAACUUCAGUGCAGGCACUCGGGGCUCUGCGUCCACAGAGUACUUUCUGGAGCAUGGCUAUGCGGUGAUCUUCAUGCACCGGCAGAAGUCUCUGGAACCCUUCACGAGACACUUCACUGGCCAGAAACUGCUGGACAUGCUCGAUAUACAAGAACGGGGGCCCAAUACUACCAUCACGGUGAAACCAGACAGCGUGGAUGUGCUGGCGCCGAUCUUGCUGCGGUACAAGGCUGCGCACGCGGCGGGCGCCAUCUUGCACGUGUCGUUCACGACGGUGUCGGAGUACUUCUGGCUGCUGCGCGCGGCGUGCGAGUGUCUCGCGAACCUCGGCCCUCGCGCGGUGCUGUACCUCGCCGCUGCCGUCUCCGACUUCUACGUGCCUAAGGAUUGCGUUCCGACCCACAAAAUACAGUCGGAAAGCGGGCCGCCCAUCAUCCAACUCCACCUGGUGCCGAAGAUGCUGGCACCGCUGGUCAAUCCUCUGGGUGCCGAUUUGGCGUACGUGGUCUCCUUCAAGUUGGAGACGGAUGAGAACCUCCUGGUACCCAAGGCCAGAGCAGCCCUGGAGAAAUAUAAGCAUAAGAUGGUGGUAGGGAAUAUGCUGCAGACGCGACAUCACCGCGUCAUUAUGGUCACGCCCGACGCCACGCAAGAGAUUAUACUCACAAGGGAGGAGGUCCAUGCAGGCGUGGACAUCGAGUCGUCGAUCGUGCUGGAGAUCGUGCGCGCGCACGCAGAGCACCUGCGCGGGUGCGGGUGCGGGCAGUGGCGGCGGGCGGCGCUGACUGGGCCCCGCGCGAGCCGCGCUGACUCUCGCGCGCCCGCCGCCGGCUCUACCUCACCAUUGAGCUAA